AUGGCGGGUUUGCGGCUUUUGGUCAACGAGUCGUUAGGCUCGCUUCGCUUCAUUGCCACGCCAUGCAACCGCUACAAGACCAACCUCAUGUCUUGCAUCGCUGCCACGGUGUUCCCUAACCGCUAUACAAGAACCGGCGGCAACACGAGCAUGCUUGACCGAAAAAAACCAUCUACGGAGAAAAGGUCGACAUGUUCCCAACAAGAAUUGCUCAACCUAUGUAGGAGUCACAAGUACAUUGGCCAGUGCCAGGCACGACCGACGAACAUGUCUGAUCUCCUCUCCGUACUGCUGUACACCCAAACUCACCUUCAAGUCUCUUCUACCGCGCGACCGCGCGUCUUUCACCAACGUUUCGCAACCACACAACGUCCUGAGCGAUACCUACCUAGACUCGUCCGAAGAGACACUCGACCCGACCCGCCGGAUCUGCACCUCGCCCAUCCCGGUUUGUCAACCCAGCAAAGUAAAAGGUUUCGUCCAAGCUGUGGCCCGAGUUCCUCAUUGACUGACAUUCCCCCCUCAUCUCGGAACCCACAUGCCGAUGAACCUACGUGCUUCUUUGUACGACCCUUCGUGCAUGAGAACACUCUUCGACUUUGCGAGACUCGCCAUUCGGCAUCAGCUUGCAAUGGUCUACGUUCUUGGCAAGUCAAGCAAGAUUCCGUCGGCUUCGAACAGAUCUACGAUGCUUUUUUUGUUCUACAGGUUAAAUGCAAGCUCGACGUCAAUGCUCUCCGUAUCAAUCUGAGAGUGGGAGAAGGAGAAAACGAGAGCCGAGUACAAGGUUUGGAUCGAUACAGUUUCGAUAUGUCCCACCUUUAUUCCAAUGGUAAUACCGAUAUGCUCUGGGCGGUCAACGGCGGCUCCAGGCUGGGACGAGCCACAAGCCUGCCGCUUCUGAGCCGCUUUCUUGGCAUCUGGUCGAUUGUGAUGGACUCCAGUUCAGCAGUUACAUCCAGUCACAUCAAGUCAUGCAUCAUUCGAGCAUGGCACACCACUCUGCUGAAAAGGUAUCCUCAUAUACAUCAUCGAGAUGCCAGAUCGUACAUUCAACUCAAGGUCACUCUUUUGCCUAAGCAUCUACCAUCUAUGAUGUACCCUCUCACGGUCUCGCGAGAGAAUUUCUAA